AUGGUUGUCUCGAUGUUGUUCGUAUCCGUUACUAGUGUGUUGCUGCUCGGGUAUAUUGUCUUCUAUCGUCGCGAGCUCACGCGCUUUGUCGACGAGCUGCGCGGUCCCGACCACAAUGGACGCCCCAGUCUUCACCGACAAGAUCCGGUCUACGCACAAAUUUUGGCUGAUGAAGCUGCAACGCCGUUAGGAUCGUUUUCACGAGGACCAUCCAGCCGAUAUAGUAGGAAACGGGAAGUUGACGACAAGCGGAUUGAAUUGGCAGCUCUGUUCGUGCGUGAUGCUAUCCGUGGACGGUUUCUUGGAGAGGAAUACCUGGUGGAUGGAUUGAGCAGGAUGCAUUACAAGCAGCUCUUUCAUGGUCUGUGGUACAUCCGAGCCGCCAAUAUGUGCGUGUUAAUGACGCUGGCAUUUUUUGAAACUCCAUCGUGGUGCUUUUUCCUGCCAUCGUGUGGUGACCACUCUGAAGUUCUUACGUGGGGUCUGCCGAUGCUCCCUCAAAACAUUUCUAUCGCAAUCGAGCUGACGUGUCUUGCGUUUUUGGCUUUGGAGCUCUCCAUGAAGUAUAAGUACAUGGGAUCGCGGGUAUACUUCGUGGAUAAAUGGCAUGUUUUACAGAUCGUGUUCGUACUGGCGGAUUUUGUGGCAGUGGUCACAGUGCUUAUUGCACCGGAGGAUCAAGGCCUGGAAAAUUCUCAUUACGACAAGGGCGGCAGAAAUGGCCCAGCCACUAACGCAGCCAAGCCUAUUGUGCUCGCACCACUUAUUCGUCCGUUCAUCAUGAUCACCAUGAGUCACCGCCUCCGUGCGGGCUUCUCCAGCCUCUUGAGGGCUUUACCACGCUUUGCAGACGGCCUAAUAACUUUGGUCUUUCUCGUCGUACUAUACGCGGUUCUUGGCAUGGUACUCUUCGUCGGGAGUUCGGAAGCUGAGACAUAUUUCAAGUCGUUCGAAGACGCAUGUAUGAGUCUCAUCAUUCUUCUUACGACCGCCAAUUUUCCGGAUGUCAUGAUGCCCAUUUACUCACAGGCGCGGGUGUAUAGCCUCUUUUUCAUCAGCUUCUUAAUGAUCGGUCAGCUACUCGUGAUGAAUCUCGUGUUUGCCUCCAUCUAUCAGCACUAUCGACAGGAGAUCGCUGAGCGUGCAGUGGACUACUCUACCAAGAGAAAUUUGGCGCUGCAAGCUGCUUUCCAUCUACUACCGACCGAACGAGUUAUCUUUGAGGAAGAUGCGCCGGAGGAUGCAGGUCAGACCAAAACUGUCGGUCGAGUGACCUACAAUCAUCUAGUGAACAGGCUUAUGCGUCCAACGCUGUCGCUUUUCCGUGAUGAUGAGUCUUCUACUAUGGAAGAUACUUUCAUAGCUAUCGAAGACGCGAGAGACGAACCGAUCGCCUUUGAAGAAUUUGUGGUUCUCAUCAAAGCGUUCAUUGCGCGCGAGAAAGCAUCAGCCAAAGUUGUGCGUGAACUGCGGCAGCCAAGCAACUAUGUGAUCAUUCGCGCUGUUCAGCGCUUUGUAGCGCGGGGGUGGUUUGAUAGAUCGGUCGAUUUGAUCAUCUUACUAAAUCUGGUCGCAAUUCUUGUGGAAAUCGAGGCCAAGAUUCGCGGCGACGUGGCUGUGAGCCUUUCGUGGGAGCGAUGGAUGCCUGCAUUUUCAAUCGCCUAUAUCAUUGAAAUGCUGCUGAAGAUAUAUGUUUUUCGCUCGGGCAGCUACUUUACUACACCCAAGAACAUCUAUGACUGCACAGUUACGCUUGUGAUAUUUGUCGCGGAGGUGAGCGUGCACACCAACAGCUCUGAAAUUGAGUGGCAAUGGAUCCGACUCCUUCUGCUGUUCCGCUUUUUGCGCUGUCUACGACUACUCAUUGCACUUCAAGCUCUCAGCUCCAUGUUUGCCAUCGUUGUCCGAUUGAUCCCAGCUUUCAUGACUCUCUAUGGAAUGCUAGGGGUGCUCAUGUACGUAUACGCAGCAGUGGGUAUGCAGCUCUUUGGAGGGAAACUGGUCGUUGGCGAUCUACGGUUGGCCGACAUCACGUACGGCCAGGCUAACUUUUACAGCAACAACUUCAACGACUUCGCAUCAUCAAUGACGACUCUAUUUGAGCUCCUGAUCGUGAAUAAUUGGUUUGUGACAAUGGAAGGUGCAGUGGCCGUGACGACGAAGUGGAGUCGUAUUUACUUCGUGAGUUUCUAUGUUGUUGGGGUUGUCGUGGUGCUGAGCCUUGUAGUCGCGUUCGUGGUCGAAGCCUACUUCGAAGACGCAGCACGAUUGAAAUCUCGGUCCCAAUCGGGAAAGCCGGAUAUCCCGGAGGAUGCACUCGCCUCCAACCCAAAGGACACAACGUCGCAUGAGCCAGGUGGUCCAAGCGAACGAACUCAGCGGUUGCUUAGGAUCGGAUCUUCUACUAUGCGCAUGCGACCGCGAGUUGAUAGCAUCUACGUUGAGGAGUUCCUAUAA